CAUACAAAGCGACCAUUUCUUGGAUAAAAGCGCAAAUGUUGAAACAUCUAAUCUUACUAAUACUCGUCCUAUGCGUCGGUUUUAGUCAAUGUACGACUUGGAACGAUCCGAACUUGGACAACUGGGAAGAAGGGUGGACUGUUAAUAUUUAUGGUGACCCUAUCGAUUGCGAUGGAAAACCUUGUAUUACACAUAAACUUACCAAACCGUCCCUCGAUUCGAUAGAUCAUGUUAAGUCUUGCGGCAAAACACGCCCUGAUGGAACCUUCGAUUGUACUUAUUUACCCGAAGGAGCUAUUGCUGUGGAUACCCUUGCUGAGUUGUUUGACGAUGAUCUCUAACAAAUAAACUCUCUGUUGCUCCGCUGGAGCUUUUCGCGAUCUUUGACUUGUGUGUGGAAGUUUAUUUUUGUUGCAAAAGGGUGGGCCACUGGGUUGAUGGAAUGAUGUCGAUUCUGAAUUUUUUUUGGGAAGGUGUGGGUUAUAGUUUUUUUUUUUUUUUUUUUUUUUU